UAAGACACAUACAUCCAUGUUGAGCCCCAGAGAGUUUACUAAGUACGCUAUAGCGUAGCGUACUGAGUAACUCGGUUCGUCAUCCGCUUCCGGACCGGAGUCGACGGUCGUAAGAAACGCUCAUGGCGCAAGUUAGCAGGCGUCCUAAUCCGGGAGGAAAAUUUCCAGGAGAGGAAUAGUUGACGGAGUCUCCAAGGCGAUGGAAGACAUGUGAUGCCAUCACGAAUAACCCGCUUCUUUCGGCGCUUCUUUUAGGGUCCCAUUUUUCUAGGAUUAGGAUUAGGGUUAGGGUUAGGGUCGGCAGUUGACGAGCGCUGAUGUCGACCAUUUUCUUCGUUAGAAAAUUCCACAAGGCAACAAAACACCAACCCCCCCACGCGUUUUUUAGCGAUGAGUUCUUCAAACCCGUCCAUCGACAUGAAAAUCGUUGAUUUUACAAGAUCCACCAAACGAGGAACACAUGAUUUUCAGAUCUGAGAUGCAGAACCAGUGUUGACAGAGAUCGAGGUCGAGAUCUGAAGAGCAGAGCUCCAGAUCUGCCAACGGAAGUUAAGAACAGGAAAUCGGUUGAUCGACUGAGAAACGGAGAAAAAAGAGUGGAGAGAUUUUGCUUCUGAUUGGAGAAAAAAUAGAGAUUGGAGCGUCGUUGAUUGACGAUCUUGCAGAUCGAGCAGUUGGAUGGAGAAUUUUGGUAAUUAGAAGGAAAAGGUCUCAGAAGAGAGCGUUUUUCUGAGAAAAGGGUGAAGAAAAGGUGGAAAAUCGAGCAGGAUUUCUUAGAUCCGGCCAAGGAAGGUAGAUCGAAGCAGAGGAUUGGAGGUCGAAGAAAUCGAAGACCGGAUCCUUGAAAAGUCUACUGGAGGACACGGAUCGAAAGGGGAGAAGGAGAUCUGACCAUUGAAAUGAGCGAGGGUGACGAACCUGUGAAGCUUGACGAUGAGCAGAUCGCCGAACUGCGCGACAUCUUCCGCACGUUCGACCGGAACAACGAUGGGAGCCUGACGCAGCUCGAGCUCGGGUCGCUCCUCCGGUCGCUCGGCCUGAAACCGAGCACGGACCAGCUUGACGCCCUGAUCCAGAAGGCCGAUAAGAACAGCAACGGCCUGGUUGAAUUCUCUGAGUUCGUAGCCCUGGUCGCGCCGGAGCUGCUCCCGGCGAAAUCUCCCUACACAGAAGAGCAGCUCAAGCAGCUUUUCCGGCUGUUUGACCGCGAUGGGAACGGUUACAUUACAGCCGCGGAGCUGGCGCACUCCAUGGCCAAGCUUGGGCACGCCCUUACCGUGGAGGAGCUGACUGGGAUGAUCAAGGAGGCGGACACCGAUGGUGAUGGCCGGAUCAGCUUCUCUGAAUUCGCACAGGCGAUCACGUCCGCAGCCUUUGACAAUUCCUGGCUCUGAAGUUGGGUUCUCGUUUUGUUUUCUUCGGUGCGUACGCUUUCUUUGCUAUUGUUUUCAUUUCUGCAUCUCUGUUUUUGUAUUCGAAUGAUCAGGCGGAUGGUGUUCGGAAAUUCCGUGGAACUAGCUGAGGAUUGAUCGGUGGUAGCAUGGAAAGCCGGCUGCAUGAUCAUCGAGUGUUUGAGCUAUGAUGUUUGCUUUUGGGUUUUUGUGUAUAUAUGUAGAGGAAAGUCUUGCUGUGAAAUCCAAAACCAGACAUUUUCAAGUUCAAUCUGAAAAAUUGCAUGUCCUGUACAUGGAUUUUCUUUGGAAGGGGAAGAAUCUAAGGGCAUGUUUGUUUCUGUUGAAAACCUUUUUGUGGUAUGGAAAAAGGGUUAUAGAAUCCACGGGAAAUGGAAACAUAUUUCUUUUAGAAUGAAAUC